CUGUUGAAGUGUUUAACAAAUUGCAGUGGAUUUUUGUUAAGUCUGGAAUCUGGAUAGUGGAUUGGAGAUCGAAGAAGAAUUUUAAUUUUCUGAUUCUAUUUUAAUUAAACAAACAUUAACAAUGCCUGAUCAUUUAGGAGAUGAUAUGCGGAAGAUGAAAGAUGAUAAAGAGGAACCAGAAAAGGAGAUUAAAUCACUCGAUGAAGCAGAUAUAGCGCUUUUGAAGUCAUACGGGCAAGGACAAUACACCAAAAUAAUCAAAGAAGUUGAGGAUGGCAUCCAGACUGUAAUGAAAAGGGUUAAUGAACUGACUGGCAUCAAAGAAUCUGAUACAGGUUUGGCACCUCCGGCGCUGUGGGACUUGGCUGCAGAUAAACAAACUCUACAGAACGAGCAACCUUUGCAGGUUGCAAGAUGCACAAAAAUUAUCAAUGCAGACUCUAACGAUCCAAAAUACAUAAUCAAUGUGAAACAGUUUGCCAAGUUUGUGGUGGACUUGGCUGAUUCUGUGGCACCCACAGAUAUUGAAGAAGGGAUGAGAGUUGGUGUCGACCGCAACAAAUACCAGAUCCAUAUACCACUACCGCCCAAAAUAGACCCAACAGUGACAAUGAUGCAAGUGGAAGAGAAGCCAGAUGUCACGUACAGUGAUGUGGGAGGCUGCAAGGAACAGAUUGAGAAGUUGCGGGAGGUUGUUGAAACCCCACUGUUGCAUCCAGAGAAGUUCGUGAAGCUGGGCAUUGAACCUCCGAAAGGCGUUCUUCUCUUCGGCCCGCCGGGAACUGGGAAAACGCUGUGUGCGCGUGCCGUGGCCAACCGCACUGAUGCCUGCUUUAUUAGGGUUAUUGGUUCAGAAUUAGUGCAAAAGUACGUAGGCGAAGGUGCCAGAAUGGUCCGGGAACUUUUCGAGAUGGCUCGCAGCAAGAAAGCCUGCCUCAUUUUCUUCGACGAGAUCGACGCUAUUGGCGGUGCGAGAUUCGACGACGGAGCCGGCGGUGAUAAUGAAGUGCAGAGAACUAUGUUAGAAUUAAUCAAUCAGUUGGACGGUUUCGAUCCCAGAGGCAAUAUUAAGGUCCUCAUGGCGACGAAUCGCCCCGACACUUUGGACCCCGCGCUCAUGCGACCCGGGCGUCUCGACAGGAAGGUGGAGUUCGGCUUGCCGGAAUUGGAAGGGCGCGCGCACAUAUUCAGAAUACACGCGCGCUCCAUGAGCGUUGAGCGCGACAUCCGGUUCGACCUGCUGGCGCGACUGUGCCCCAACUCCACCGGCGCUGAAAUCAGGUCUGUGUGCACCGAAGCGGGGAUGUUCGCGAUCCGAGCGCGCCGCAAGGUGGCCACCGAGAAGGACUUCCUGGAGGCAGUCAACAAGGUCAUCAAGUCGUACGCCAAGUUCUCCGCCACGCCGCGCUACAUGACCUACAACUAAAUAUCGUGUUGUCUAUAUAAAUUGUACUUUAUACUAAUAAAGAAAAAAAAAAUAAGUUACAAAAAAAGAUAAAUAAAUUACUAUCAGAAU